UGGUGAUAGGAGCAUGGAUUCUCUUCAACGCAGCAUUGGGGAUCGUAGCACAUUUUCUCGCGACUACGCAUGUCCUCGACGGCCCUGGCCAGAGUCCGGAUGACCCAUGGUGGUACAUAAGUCCGUACACACGGGCCACGGUGACGAUUCAAGAUGCUAUGCGCAUUGCGAUGAUGGCGGUUUUGGGAGGUGUGUAUUUGCGACGGGUGCAUGGGAAAAGAGGGAUUACGAAAAUCGUGUUUCCGGUAUCUUCUGCUAGUGGAGGUCAGCCAGCGUCCGCAAAUAGGCUUCUCCUGAACAGCGGUGGCUUUCUGCUGGCGUCUCGUUCUCAGGAGGGCACUGAGGUAUCGCCACAAGAAAACGGUAGAACUUCCUCCAGCAGCAACUCCUACCUGCUGGUUUGGAGCUCGCUAUUUCCAGCCAUUCGAAUGGGAGACAACUUUGCAGCGCUGUCUGUGCUGGGUUAUUGGCGACUCCUGCAAAUUUUGGCAUUGGCGAGGCUUGGAGCAUUGGGGAUAGGAGCGGUGCCAGGCAUGGUCAGUGGCACACCCUCGCAAUGGAAGUUUACUUUGCUGACGCACACCCGUGGUCACUAUCCCCAAUCAACGCUCUACUGCGCACCGUCGUGGCUUUCUCUUAGAAGAACAUCGUCUCAAUAGAUUAAACAUUUGAAAUAAGCAUUAAUGAAGAUGAGACAACGCUGCUAGCGUGCGAACUUGAAGAGGAUUACAAAAUCAAGAGAAUCGCACACUUUAUCGAAUACCAUUAUGUAGCGAUAGGUAUUUUGAAAUAUUUAUACAUUAUGAGUGGUUAUGGUAACCUCUUUCCGUAAUCUCUGACUGCUGUGCCUCUUGAUCCACCGCGGUGCGUAUGCAGAGAACCAGCACUGCAACUGCUGCGGAUGCUCUGCCUCAUUUCACAACCACUAUGCGCGACAAUUAGAAACGGGAUAAGAAUACUCGCACGACUAUGUGAGAGAAGUAAAAAAAGCACCUUCAGUGAAUUGUCAUUCAGAUGCAUCAUGCCCUGAUAAGAAUAGAAGUCUGCCCCAGGAGUCAAAGCCGAAACACAAAGCGAUCAAGCCGAAAGCCCAAGUAAGAGACUAUAUCUAACUUGAAAAAAGAUCACAUGAACAUAAAGACCCCGAGUCAGAUUCGGAAGGACUCAAAAAGUCGCAUACUGCUUGCGGAAAACCUUCCUUUGAUUGCUUACUCUGGUUGCUUCGAUUGUGUCCGUUUCCCGCUUUCGCUUCUGAAAGGAAGACACAAGUGAGAAGAAUCAUCAACGUGGUUAUCCGUCGUCCAAAGAAGGGCAUUUUCGAACCAAGUCCUGGUAGGAAACACGAAAUCGGGAAAAUGCAAUCGUCUACCAUUCUUGUCGUAAGUCCCAGCAAAAUCAAUUAUGAUGAUGGAAUUCUAACCUAAGGCCAAUAUAGUCAGUGUGGAUCUAGUAUUGCACAGUAAGCAAUUCUUUUUCAAGUAAUGUACUGUUGUUUGAUAUACGAUCGAUUUCUCUUCUACCAGAAGCAAGAGUUCUUCCUUCGUUUUCAGUUACUUAAAUGACAUUUUGACUUGCGUUCUUUUUUCCAAAUAAGACUAGCCUCCACAAGCUUCGCCCGGCUUCAAGUUAGUUUAGCACUUUUCUGCGGCCUCCCACGGGCUACAGCCGCUAGAGUAGAGACAGCCCGCGGGUGAGCUGAUGCACCUUACGAAUUGACUACGACAAGAGCCGAGCGCCGGCGGUGGCCGACUCAGAUGCGUCGACCCAUGUGCAGGGCAUUGCGCUGCCUUCGGUUUUUUUUUUGAGAUUGCCGGGCGGGUCAUGCAAAUUCUUAAGAAUUUGCAAGACCCCCACGGCAGUCCAACAAAAAAACCAGAAGAGAGCGACCAGACACGCACAAGAAUCCGCAAGCCCCAACGCACGCAAGCGCCUCGCGGUGGCGCCAGGCAAGAACGAGGGGCGACCUUGAUGGGUCAAACAAGACAAAGCAACGCAGGGCCGCGCUGCUUGGGUCUCUCUACGCGCUUACACCUGGCGGGGCUUCUUUGUUUCGUCAGAUGUCUCUCGUCAGAAACAGGCGGGCGCACUUCGCGGGGUCGUGCGGCGUCGCGCUUCGGGCUGUGGCUGAAGCCUCUCGGCUGGCUGACGUCUUUCACCAAGCUGGAGACUAAGGCCCUCCAUCAGGCUGAUGCCGUUCGUCAGCCCAACGCUCUGCGCCAGGCUGGCGGCGUUCGUCGGGCAGGCCGGCGCCCCUCGGCAGGCGUCUUGGGUCAGGCUGAGGCUUUUCGUCAGGGUCGGGCGACGUCUCUCGUCAGGCUGAAGCGCUUCGCCUGGCUGACAUUCCUCGCCGGGCCGAGACUCACGCCUUUGGUCAGGUUGAUGGCUUGCUUCAGCUCGGCGCCGUUCGUCAGGCUGAUGCACUCGCCAGCCAGGUGAGGCCUCUCUCCAGGCCGGCGCAAUGCUUCGCCAGGCGUCUGCCUUGCGUCGGAGGGAACAGGCUGAGCGGGGCCUUUCUUCGGGCUGCGGAUGUCUUUCCUUCGUAAGAUUGAUCCCGUUCUUUCGUCGGACUGACGUGCUUCGCCAGAUUGACCGCGUUCGCCGGACUGACGUCCUUCGCGAAAGGUCUUCGCUAUCUUCAAGGGCCUCGCGCCACCGGGAGGCCUCGCGUCAGUUUUUUUGGCGGAGGUCGUUCGUCAGAUGUCUGCUGUCGCGGGUCUCACUCUUGUCGUGUCGGAGGUCUUGGGCCCAAAGGUCGUCUUUGGUCCACGCACAGGUCGCCGGUGGUCCACAGGUCGCCUGUGGCCCAGCGGUCGUCUUCGGUCCAAAGGUCGGCUUUGGUCCAAAGGUCGUUCGUGGUCCAGAUAUCGUUUGUGGUCCAGCGGUCGUCUUUGGUCCAAAGGUCGCCUUACUUUGGUCCAAAGGUCGCCCUACUUUGGUCCAAAGGUCGCCUUACUUUGGUCCAAAGGUCGCCCUACUUUGGUCCAAAGGUCGAACUACUUUGGUCCAGAGGUCGAAGGGUCGCCUUACUUUGGUCCAAAAGUCGUCCUACUUUGGUCCAGAGGUCGGCGCACUUUGGUCCAAAGGUCGGCUUACUUUGGUCCAAAGGUCGGCUUACUUUGGUCCAAAGGUCGCCUUACUUUGGUCCAAAGGUCGCCUUACUUUGGUCCAAAGGUCGCCUUACUUUGGUCCAAAGGUCGCCCUUCCUACUUUGGUCCAGGCAGAGGUCGUCGCACUUUGGUCCAGAGGUCGCCUGUGGUCCCGCGGUCGUCUUCGGUCCCAAGGUCGUCUUUGGUUUCAAGGUCGACUGUGGUCCCAGUGUCGUCUUAAGUCCCAAGGUCUCCUGUGGUCCAAAGGUCGCCCUUGGGUCAAAGAUCGCCUUUGGGCCAAAGAUCGUCUUUGGGUCAAAGAUCGCCUGUGCUCCAAGGGUCGACUUUGGUCCAAAGGUCGCCUUUAGUCCGAAGAUCGCCCUUGGUCCAACGGUCGCCCUUCGUCCAAAGCUCGUCCUUGGUCCAAAGAUCGGCUUUGGUCCAUGUGUCUUGGGUCCAAGGUCUUUGCCCUUUCGGUGGGCGGUCUUUCGUUGGCGGUCUCUCUUUGGACUUUUCUCCCCAGCUUGCGCCCCCACCCCCGUCGGCCAUUUUUCUGCCUUCUUUUCUGGUGGUCUGCCACGGGGCCGCAACGUAAAACCCAACAAGGAAACGGCCGGAGGCUAUCGGGCUGGAGACUGAGGGGAAAGGGCAGGAGACUAUGGGCAAUAGCUUCGCGAAAGAAGCUGACUAAUCUCCGGUGGGUUAGGCGGGGAGUUUUAUGGCGGCGAUCAAUGGCGAGAUUAAUAAUAUAGAUUAAUAACAUAGAUUUAAUAAUAUAGAUUUAAUAAUAUAGAUUAAUAAUAUAGAUUUUUUUUUUGUUAUGUUUUUUAUCUAUCAACUUAUAAUAAUUUCCGGCAAUAAAGCCAAAUAAUCUAUCCUGUCAAAUAAAACGUCAAACUAUCUUUAUUCUUCAUGACCAUUCCAUCCUGUAUUCUCCGCAAGAAAUAAGACGAGUACGUGGUGCUUUUUGGCAAUGAGAUCGGAAAGGGAAGUAUUUUACCAAACAUGGUCAGAAAGUCUUCGUGCAGUUUGAGCAGUAUCCAGACACACUCUUACAGAACUGGCGCGUUUUCUAGCUGUGGUACACCUAGAGAAGACGUGCUGACCAUGGACCAAAACAAGAUCUUGGUUCGGAGUUCGUGUUCUUCAAAGUAAAAGUGUGAGUUAUGUUUACUUUAUUUGAUGCUUCGUCGGUCAUGGUCAUGCAUGAUGUAGAGUUCUUGAUAGAUUCUAGGAUGUCACUAUGACAAUCAUGGAAAAAAACGCAUUUUCUUGGUUUUAAUGUUCAUUGUGAUUCCCAUGCAUUUCCAGCACUUGUUGUUCUGUGUCAGUUGUAGCCAUCUUCAGGGCUGUAGUGAUACGGUUUUUGUGUUUUUCAAUUUUCAAUCUAAGUAAUCAAAGAAUGAGAAUGGCUUUAACAUUUCUCGUCAUCUCGGGUGUCUCAUACACUACAACGAUGCUGCCAGAUCCUCAAAAGGUGAAUGCGUGCCCAUGACGCUCUUGCCACCUGAGGUGAGGCUGCGACACUGUGAGACACAAAAUUGGCAUCCCUCGCUCUCCUCGUCCGUGCGACAGAUGCCAC